ACAGCGCUCAGACCGGAGAGGAACUUCUGCCUUCACUGCAGUGGCACGUUCCGACUAGAGUCACCGAGAGGAUAUUCGGAGGAGAACCAAACCAACUUACAAUCAAUGGGCUGUAGGGUACUUAUUACUUACACGACUCGUAUGGCCACGCAUUGUUUUUAAUUACAUUAUUUUCGGUUAUCUGUAGCUGUAUAUAUUCUGGAGCUGGGGGGUCUCUGACACCGUUGCCGUGGAUUUCUUUUUUGUCUUCUGAGUCUGCCUGCUCUCGGCUCAGCCGUGCCUGCCUGUCGCGGUGGUCUCUCGGUCAUUGCUGGAUCAGGUGAAGGUUUCACACAGAAAACGUCGCGGAGGGAGAGACCACUCUUGGAAGGUCGUUUUUUCCCGUCGCGUAAGCAGAAGGCAACGAAUGACCAUGCCUUUUGAUUGCGCGCAAGCCUUUCAUCGAAAUCGCAGGGCGUGAUCAAAAUUUGUCCUGAACUUGUUGCUGUGCCGUUCCGAAAAUUCGGAGUGAAUUUGAUUGACACCUUGGAUAAAGUACUGUUCGGGCGUUAGUCUGCGAAACAGUGUGCAACAUUAGGGGAUAAACUAUAUGCAUCUUUGUUAAAGCGCUCGUUUCUACGCCGAGAUGUCUUUUCGUUGCCACGCGGAAAUACAGUAAUCUUCGAAGGGUCAGCCUGCUUCAGCCGGACCAAGUUUCGGAAAGCCGGUCGGCAUGGCAGCGGGAGUGGCAGCGUGGCUUCCUUUCGCGCGCGCGGCAGCCAUAGGAUGGAUGCCCGUGGCGAGCGCCCCGAUGCCGACGCCCCCGAGGGAGAAGAGGAGGACGCAGGACGGGCUGAUCAUCCUCAAUGUCAGCGGCGCCAAGUUUCAGACCUGGCGCAACACUUUGGAAAGGUACCCGGACACGCUGCUUGGAAGCACAGAACGGGAUUUCUUUUUCCACGAGGAAACCAAUGAAUACUUUUUUGACCGAGAUCCUGACAUAUUUCGCCACAUUCUUAAUUUUUACCGCACCGGCAAACUGCACUAUCCCCGCCACGAGUGCAUUUCCGCCUACGACGAGGAACUUGCGUUCUUUGGGAUAAUACCUGAAAUCAUCGGAGACUGCUGUUACGAAGAGUACAAAGACCGACGGCGAGAGAACGCCGAGAGGAUCCAGGACGACGAAGACAAUGACAACAAUGCUGAUUUGGUGGACCCUGAUAUGACCUUUCGGGAGUCAAUGUGGCGAGCAUUUGAAAACCCUCACACCAGCACAAUGGCGCUGGUGUUCUAUUACGUCACUGGGUUUUUCAUCGCGAUUUCCGUCAUGGCCAACGUAGUGGAGACGGUGCCCUGCGGGAGCUCGCCCAACCGAGUUAAGGAGGUGUCGUGCGGUGAGCGCUACGCCUUGGCUUUCUUCUGCUUGGAUACGGCCUGCGUCAUGAUCUUCACUGUCGAGUACUUGUUGCGUCUGUUGGCAGCGCCCAGUAGGUUCAAGUUCGUUAAAAGUGUCAUGAGCAUCAUCGACGUGGUCGCGAUCAUGCCCUACUACAUCGGGUUGGUCAUGACCAACAACGAAGACGUCAGUGGGGCGUUUGUCACUUUGAGGGUGUUCCGAGUGUUCCGGAUUUUCAAAUUCUCCCGGCAUUCUGCGGGGUUGCGUAUCCUUGGUUACACACUGAAGAGCUGCGCCUCGGAGCUGGGAUUCUUGCUCUUCUCGCUGACUAUGGCCAUCAUAAUCUUCGCCACGGUGAUGUUCUACGCCGAGAAAGGAGACUCAUCCACCAAGUUCACCAGCAUCCCAGCGGCUUUCUGGUACACCAUUGUCACCAUGACAACACUGGGGUACGGCGACAUGGUCCCCAAAACCAUCGUGGGGAAGAUUUUUGGGUCGAUCUGCUCCCUGAGUGGGGUGCUGGUGAUCGCCCUGCCCGUGCCCGUCAUCGUGUCCAACUUCAGCCGGAUCUACCACCAGAGCCAGCGGGCGGAGAAGCGCCGCGCGCAGAAGAUAACCAGGCUCGCUAGAAUUCACGCGUCGAAGAGCGGCGGUGCUAACGCCUAUUUGCAGUACAAACGCAACGGGCUCCUGAGCGCCGCCCUGGAGCAGGCCUCCAAGGAAGCGGGACAGGCCCAGGUGUCCAAGACCAGCCCCACCUUCCUGACUCAGCACCAUCACCUGCUGCACUGCCUGGAGAAGACCACAAACCAUGAGUUUGUGGAUGAGAAGGCGUACGAGGCCGGCUGUAUGGAGGUGUCACUGGUGAAUAAGCUGGGCUCCCGCUCCUCCUCCCUGAGCUCCUCCCAGCACGGCCUCUCCUCCUGCUGCUCCCGCCGAAACAGGAAGAACAACCUCCACCUGCCCAACUCCAUCGCCUCCGGUCGCCAUGGCAGCCUGCAGGAGCUCAGCACCAUCCAGAUCCAGGAGAGGUCACUGCCCAACAGCAGGGCCAGUCUGAAUGCAAAGCUGGAGGAGACCAUGCCGCUGAACUGCGCUCAGCCCUACCUGACGGCGGCCGUCAUCACCGCGCCGACCCCGCCCUUGACCACGCCCGAAGGUGACGAGUCCACCAGCUCCGCCGACUACUCACAGAGCAACAUCAUCAGAGUGUCAGCGCUAUAGACCCGCCCCCUCCUGGGUGACGGACAGCAGUGCAGGACCGGAUUUUAUUUUCCUACACUGUGUGAAACUCUGGCCACAGUGACACUGAUGCAAUUGAUCUCCCACCCCCCCCCCCAUCAGCAGGGGGCAGUGUCUGGUGAGCACCACCAGACUCACCUCACUGGAUCUUACAAUCUUACAGAGGAGUUCUUUUUAAAAUAUCACGUGUCAUUCAGUGUCUUUUGUCUUUUUUCUUUGUGGAACAAUGGCCAGUUUCGUUAAAGGCAAAGACUUUAACAUGGACUCAAGGUGAAAAACUAUCAUGCAUGACCAAAGGGAACAGUCUACCUGCAGCACACAUCGACUUUUACGGACUCCUGCAGACCCAACUUCCUCCUCGACAUCGCCAGCAUGAGCAAUAAGCAUCUGUCACUGUCUCAUCCAUCCCUAAAAACUGGUCAUGUGAUCACUUGCUCAGACGCUGGUCCUUAAUUCUACGCUGAGGUGACCAGUACAAGUGAUGCAUUGAUUCAGUUAGUUUCCUGUUGUGCAGUCAUUAUGGAUGACUUAACAUCCUGUCCUUUUCACUCCAAGGCAUUUUAAUUUUACCCAUUGCUGCAAGCAGGCGACUCAAAUGAGAUCUCCUGAUCGCUGAUACACUUCACAUUGGCACUGUAGGCUCGGCUGAACCCUUUCACGGUGGGAAAGCAGACAUUUUGUCAAAUUUGUGUUAAUAAGCACACCUUUUGAAGCGUGGAUAAUCUUUUAAAAGCAAGGUGAGCUGACGUCAGAGCACCCAAAUCACAGUGCCGGGCUGUAAUUGAAUUUUUAAACCCGUGAAAUAGAAUUCCUGUUUGUGAAACGUGAGAACUGUAGAAGAAGCCGCGUUUGCUUCUAUUGAUUGGCUCUGAUUAGUUGCUGUAAAGAAGGAAAAUCAUACUGGCUUGCACAAACGUGCAAGGAAAAGGCCAAUGUGCAGCUCCUGGAGACAUCGUACUCUUCACAGCGAGAGCUGAGCUGCUCCGUUAGUAAUAUGCAGCUUCUGUUUAAUGAGGCAGCAUCAAGCAGCUAAACGAUUUAGUCUCCAACUGGGGUUAGUGUGGGAUAACAAUAUCAAGUUUGGGAUUUGUGGGAACGUGAAUAAAUCACAUUAAUGUUAAAUACUAUUUUUUUCAUUGCGAAAGAGGAAAAUUAGAGAAUUCACGCACGCUGUCAUCCCCCCGCUUUGCGCUGCACUGUGCAAAUCGAUCCAGAGCUUUUACCUCACCCCAAAUUCAGAGCGGUCGACGGGCCAUCACGCCCCUUUCCCAUGAUCCUCCUCACCUGGGCCUGUAGGGGAACGAGCACAUUCGUACCACUGCCUGAUUGGACGUAUGCGAUGUCUUUGUACACUUUUUAUUUACAUUGACAAAAGCAGACAUAUUUUUUACAAAAACAAAAAGCCAAAAAAAAAAAAAAAGACAGAUGGUCCUGUGUUGGUGUUGGAAUUUUACCCUUUUUAUUUUAAUUUUCAGUUGUUGAAAAAAAGGAACUCGGUCACUGUUUUGUGAACUAGUGCUGUGAAUUGUUCUCCUGUAUUGUCAAUACUGAUCUCAGUUUGUGGCUUUUUAAAAAAUAAUUUCAACUGCUGUUUCUAGAAUCUUCUUUGGGUUUUGCGGUCUAAUCAAAAAAAAAAAAUUUUUUUAUCGAUUCAGUAUUUUCUUUCCUAUCAAUUUAAGGUUGAAUAUUUGCAUGCAGCCAUUGAAGAAUUUGGAUUCAUUGUGCUAGAGAAGGUCUUUCAGUUUGUCUGUGGCGAUUCAAGACUCCAGUCAGAUAUGUUUAAUGCACAUGAGAUUAUGUACAUUUUAAAAAAUACGACUAUUAUUAAUUAUUGCUUUAAAUUUGUUACAACUUGUGCUGUGGACAAAAAAACGUAAGAUAUUGAUAAGUCAGAAAGACAAAAAUACAGUCCAGCGCAGCAUCUAUGAAUAAAUGAAUAAUGGAUUCAUUGUUCUAAUAAAAUACUGGGGAAAA